AUGACAACUCAAUACAGUCUACUACUAUGUGUUCUUAACAUACUUGUAUUUUCAGUUCUGCAGAUCAUGGGAGCAACAAAAAUUCCUGGAAUUGUCGUGUUCGGAGAUUCCACUGUUGAUGCAGGCAAUAACAAUCACAUCCCAACCUUGGCGAAAAGUAACUUUCUACCAUACGGUCAAGAUUUCGAAGGUGGAAAACCCACUGGACGGUUUUGCAACGGCCGGUUGCCCACCGAUUUCCUGUCAGAGUUGUUAGGGAUCAAACAUUCUGUACCCGCAUAUCUGGAUCCAGCUUUUGGCACUGAGGACUUUGCCACCGGAGUUACCUUUGCAUCAGCUGCAACUGGUUAUGAUGUUGCUACUUCAAACGUGUUAGCUGUGAUACCUUUAUCUGAACAACUGGAAUACUUCAAAGAGUACCAGAAGAGGUUAACAUCCUUUCUUGGAAAGGAUAGGGCAGUGAAGGCAGCAAGAGAAUCGUUGUACUUUAUCAGCAUUGGAACCAAUGAUUUCAUCGAGAAUUACUUCACACUGCCCGGACGAUCAUCCCAUUUUACGGUAGAUGAAUACGAGAAUUUUCUCCUUGAUAAUGCGAGAAAUUUCCUUAUUGAGCUUUAUAGUUUGGGUGCUAGAAAAUUAGCACUAGCCGGGCUUCCUCCUAGUGGUUACCUACCAAUAGCAAAAACUGUGAAUCACGUUUCUGGAAGACCGAAUUUGGAAGAAUUAAACAAAGCUGGUAAAGACUUUAAUGUCAAGUUACAAAAUUUAUUGGCAAGUUUGAGUAAAGAGCUCAAGGGGAUCAAAUUGGUGUAUGCUGAUAUCUACAAUCCCCUUCUACAUAUCAUUCAAAAUCCAUAUCUAUACGGAUUUGUGAACGUAGAGGAAGGAUGCUGCGGAAAAGGAAAAAUUGAGCUUGGGAUUUUGUGUGAAGCGGCUUGUACCGACCCGAGUAAAUAUGCAUUUUGGGAUGCAGUACACCCAAGUGAAAAGGUUUAUGGCAUAGUAGCCAAUAUAUUGAUGAAUAAGACCGUAGCUCAGCUUUUAAAGUAACAGAGGAAGGGGCUAUUAUAAAUCCAUUUGAAA